UAUUUUUCAUUUCUCACCCGAAUCAAACACAGAAGGAGAUUUGUCUAGAGAAUCAUCAAAACAAAUGGAAAAGGAAAGAGAGAUGGAGAUGAUCAACAAGAUGGCAAGCUGCUUGAUUUUUCUAUCAAAGGCUCACCAACACGACACCAAAGGCCGCGUUUUCGCGUGCAAGACAUGCAACAAGGAGUUCUCGUCGUUCCAAGCCUUGGGAGGCCACCGAGCAAGCCACCGCAGAUCGGCCGCGCUUGAAGGCCACGCACCACCUUCUCCCAAAAGAGUCAAACCGGUGAAACACGAGUGUCCCAUAUGUGGUGCCGAGUUCGCCGUAGGGCAGGCCCUGGGUGGGCACAUGAGGAAGCAUAGAGGAGGAGGAGCUAGCCGGAGUUUAGCGCCAGCGCCGGUGACGAUGAAAAAAACUGGCGGCGGUAACGCAAAGAGGGUUUUGUGUUUGGAUUUGAACUUAACGCCGGUAGAGAAUGAAGAUUUGAAGCUGGAGCUUGGGAGGUUGAUUUUCUAAAUUUAAAAUUUCUUCUUCUUGUGUGCGUAUAGUAAGGUUAUUUUAUUUUAGGACUCCAGUAAUUUUUGUAUGAAGAACUUUAUGGUACUGUUAUGUAUAGUUACAUAUAUACAGGUCUAUCUCAGUAAUAAUCUCUAUGUUGAAUA